GUGUCUUCUCUCCUGCCUUAGGUUUGUGCUGGCUGUGGGCAGUGCUGUCUUCGAUGCCAUGUUCAACGGGGGAAUGGCCACCACAUCCACUGAGAUUGAGCUGCCCGAUGUAGAGCCAGCUGCCUUCCUGGCUCUGCUCAAGUUCCUGUACUCAGACGAGGUGCAGAUCGGACCUGAGACAGUCAUGACCACACUGUACACAGCCAAGAAGUACGCAGUGCCCGCUCUCGAGGCUCACUGCGUGGAGUUCCUCAAGAAGAACCUGCGGGCCGACAAUGCGUUCAUGCUGCUCACGCAGGCACGGCUCUUCGACGAGCCACAGCUGGCCAGCCUAUGUCUGGAGAACAUCGACAAGAACACGGCUGAUGCUAUCACUGCGGAGGGCUUCACCGACAUUGACCUAGACACACUGGUGGCUGUGCUGGAGCGCGAUACCCUGGGCAUCCGGGAAGUGCGGCUGUUCAAUGCGGUAGUCCGUUGGUCUGAGGCUGAGUGUCAGCGGCAGCAGCUACAGGUGACGCCAGAGAACAAGCGGAAGGUGCUGGGCAAGGCCCUGGGUCUCAUCCGCUUCCCACUGAUGACCAUAGAGGAGUUUGCAGCAGGCCCUGCACAGUCAGGUAUCCUGGUGGACCGUGAGGUGGUCAGCCUCUUCCUGCACUUCACUGUCAACCCCAAGCCCCGUGUGGAGUUCAUUGACCGGCCGCGCUGCUGCCUGAGAGGCAAGGAGUGCAGCAUCAACCGCUUCCAGCAAGUGGAAAGCCGCUGGGGCUACAGUGGAACCAGUGACCGAAUCAGGUUCUCGGUCAACAAGCGUAUCUUCGUGGUGGGCUUUGGGCUCUAUGGAUCCAUCCAUGGACCCACUGAUUACCAAGUGAACAUCCAGAUCAUCCACACGGACAGCAACACAGUCCUGGGCCAGAACGACACUGGCUUCAGCUGCGAUGGCUCUGCCAGCACCUUCCGUGUCAUGUUCAAGGAGCCGGUGGAGGUGCUGCCCAACGUCAGCUACACGGCCUGUGCCACGCUGAAGGGUCCAGACUCCCAUUAUGGCACCAAAGGCCUACGAAAGGUGACCCAUGAGUCACCCACGACAGGGGCCAAGACGUGCUUCACCUUCUGCUAUGCUGCUGGGAACAACAAUGGCACAUCUGUAGAGGACGGUCAGAUUCCGGAAGUCAUCUUCUACACCUAGACCCACCCAGCCAGGCCCUGAGGACAUCACCUAGGCCAGCCUUGCCAAGUCCUGUCCAUGGAGGAUGGCAAGGCCUUGAGGUCAUUUCCCACACUUAGGCCAUCCACAGCGUGACCCCAGCUGGCCUCCCUCAGCCACGUCCACCCCCUGCCACCUUUCUCAGCAUCUCAGAAGGGGUGUCCCUGUGUCCACACAGGUGACAGGUGUGGCUGCUUGUUCAGAGGCGCUGGGAGGUACCUGCUACAAGCUGGGGCCCUGCCAAGACAAUCCCACACCCUCAGGGGAUCAGGGCUGUGCCUGGGGUCCAGCCACUCAGGGCCCUCAGCCCAGUUGCUGGGGCAGGGCUCAGGAAGGCUGCCAGCUCCCGUUUGUCUUGUUUAACUGCACAUUGCAAUGCAUUCAGAUCCCCAUUUCUCUGCCAGCCAGCACUAAGGCAAGGAGCUUCUAGAGCCAUUGAUCUGGGUCUAAUGGGCCUGGCCUGCAACGUACCCAAGGCCACCCUGAUCCCUGGCCUGACUAGGUGUCCCUACCUCCAGGAUGCUGCCCAAAUCCUGGGAGCACUCGGUGAGGAGUGCCUGCCUGCACUGUCCUGAAGGGCAGCUCCUGGUCCUAGUGACAAAUGGUUUGUCUCUGCUCGUGUCACCAGUGGACCAGCUGAGGCUGGCAUCUCCCAGCCUCUCGGGAAGGCCAGGAGACAGGAUGGGGUAUGAGCCCUGCCUGUGCCUGGAGGGAUAGUGCUGCUGCUGCAGGUUGGGCCCCAUCUAGAUGCAGCACCACCCCAGCUGGCCAGAUGUGGGGCUAGGGUUGCCACCCACUGCCCCCCUAGUACAUACUGCAGCCCAGGCAGCCACCAAGCACCCUGUCCAGAGGUGCUGGACCAUGCAACUCCUAGCCUCCAACCCCCACCCAUGUCUCCACCCCACUGAUUCCUUCUGUAACCCAUAUCUUCCCCAAAGCCAUGGGAGGGGUGCCCUCCUCCACACCAGUCCCCAAAUGAUUUUUCUAAGUAAAGGAAAAAAAAGCA